CUGUGCUGUGCUGGAAGAUCAACCGAGGCACACCAUCUAGUAUGUUCUCAGCGGUCACUCUCCUGGCUCUCCUGGGCAUGGUGUCAGAGGGAGAGGCCCUGCACUUCCUUCACUUACCUGCCACUGCCAGCAUAGCAGAAAACUCACCCUCCGGGACUUUGGUGCAUCAGUUUGCUGUGAAUUUGUCUGUCUCCCGGUCACCUGUCAUGCCGAGGUUUCCUAUGAUAAUCAACUCCAGCCCCCUGACCGAGGCCUUCAAGGUGAAUGCACUGUCCGGAACCAACUUUGAGGUUGUCACCACUGGGAAGGAACAACUGGAUUUUGAAACAGGACCAAACAUAUUUGAUUUGCAGAUUUAUGUGAAAGAUGACGUGCAGGUGACUGACCUACAGGUCUUGACCGUCCAAGUGACCGACGUCAACGAACCACCGUGGUUUCUGGGUAACUUGGCAAAAGGUCUAAACCUCUACAUAACGGAAGGCACCAGUCCUGGGUUCAUUUACCAGCUUGAGGCCUUUGAUCCGGAAGACACGAGCCGAAACAUACCUCUCAGUUAUUUCCUGGUUUCUCCCGUAAACAACUUCAAUGUGUCUGCAGAUGGGACCCUCUUCUCCACAACAACAUUCGACUUUGAAGUGGGACCCAACAGUUACCAUCUCCCUGCGGAAGUGAGGGACAGCCAAGGGCUCAGAGCUUCCGCAGACAUCCAAGUGACCAUCGUUAAUAUCAACGAUGAGCGCCCCCGCUUUACCAGCUUAAAGCGAGUGUAUAUGAUUCCUGAGGAGCUGAGUGUGGGAACCAUUGUGGCCAAUAUCACCGCAGAGGACCCAGAUGAUACAGGCUUUGCCCACUUUCUCCUUUACAGCAUCACAACUGUUAACAGCUAUUUCAGGAUCAAUCCAUUGACCGGCACCAUUCAAGUGGCAGGCAGGCUUGACCGAGACACCGGUGGACUGAGACAUAAUCCCACCAUCUCUCUGGAAGUGCUGGUGAAGGACCGGCCUUCCGGGGGUCAGGAGAACCGCAUGCAGGUCAGCUUCAUCGUGGAAGACAUCAAUGACCACCCUGCCGCCUGCUCCCAGUACUCUUUCAGCAUGCUGGUGCCCGAGAACACAGCCCAGGGGACGCUGCUUCUGGACCUGCACAAGUUCUGCUCUGAUGAGGACUGCGAGGUGCCCAACAACCAAUUCAACUUCACUUCACCAUCUGGAGCAGGGAGCAGCGUCCGAUUUUCACAGGAUCCAGCUGGCUCUGGGAAAAUUGUGUUGACCGGUGAUCUUGAUUAUGAAAAUGCAAGUAACCUCGCAGCCGGCAAUCAAUAUACAGUGAUAGUUCAGGUGCAAGACAUUGCCCCUCCUUAUUACAAAAAUAACAUCUACAUUUAUAUCAUAACAAGCCCCGAAAAUGAGUUUCCUCUUGUAUUUGAAAGUCCAACCUACCUAUUUGAGGUGUCUGAAUUAAAUCCAGCCAGGACGCAGGUUGGCCGAGUACGUGCCGUAGAUAAGGAUUUCCCUCAGAGUCCCGUCCUGUACUCCAUCGUCACUGGAGGGGCCGAUCUCCAGUACCCAAAUGUCUUUUGGAUUAAUCCGCGAACAGGAGAACUGCAGCUGGUAACCCCACUGGACUAUGAAACAAUCCCCGUCUAUGUUCUCAGGAUACAGGCCACCAAUGGCCAGGACACGAGCUUGGUCACUGUGACUGUCAAUGUCCUGGAAAAAAAUGAUGAAAAGCCAAUUUGUAUUCCACAAACCUCCUUCCUUACCAUCCCAGUGGACCUGAAAGUUGGCACAAAUAUUCAAAAUUUCAAGCUGACGUGUACUGACCUGGACUCCAGUCCCAGGUCUUUCCGUUAUUCCAUUGGCCCAGGCAACAUCAAUCGUCAUUUCACUUUCUCUCCAAAUGCUGGGUCCAACGUUUCACACUUGCUGCUUGCGACUCGCUUUGACUAUACUGGUGGACUUGAUAAGAUCUGGGACUAUAAACUACUCGUCUACAUAACAGAUGAUAACUUGCUGACUGGAAGGAAGAAGGCUCAGGCUCUUAUUGAAACAGGGACCGUGACAUUGAGUAUCAGGGUCACUCCUCACCCAACCACAAUUGUCACCACAACUCCUAGGCCCAGGAUCACCUACCAGAUCCUGCAGGAAAAUGUAUAUUCCUCAUCAGCGUGGUACGUGCCUUUCACCAUCACGUUGGGCUCCAUGUUGCUUCUGGGUCUCCUGGGAUUCUUGACCGUUCUGUUGGCUAAAGCCAUCCACAAACGCUGCAAGACCAGGAAGCACUCAAAGACUCUGGUGAAGAAAGGAGUAAUCAAGAACACAAAGAGGGAGGUUGUGGUGGAAACAAUCCGGAUGAACACCAUCUUUGACGGAGAAGCCAUAGACCCAGUGACCGGAGCACAGUAUGAAUUCAAUUCCCAAACUGGAGCCAGAAGGUGGAAAGAGCCAUCAUCACAAAUGCCUGGAUGGAAGGAGUUCACCUCGGGACCUACCCCAGGCAGAACCGACUCUGGAGGGCCGAAUGGGCCGCUCAGGAGCAGACACUGGAAGAGAAAUACGCUGAGAGGCAGCAGAGCCUGGGCAGAAGAGACUGACCAGUGUUCCCAGGCAUCCUGA